AUGGAGUUGAAUAUAAACACUUUAGAAACGCAAAAAAUUGUUAAAAACUGGUUGAAUAUUAGUGAAAAUGAUAAAGUAGAAACCGUUUUUGAACCAAGAAUUUUUGAAUUAAACGAAACAGACAUAAGUGAUUUUGAUGAAUUUGAAAGUGAAAUUAAAGAAAAUAAAAAUAAUGAUUAUGAAAUAAGUGAUUCUUUAGAAAAACUGGGAGUUUGCAGUUAUCACUUUAAUCAUGAUCAGAAUAAAUUACAUGAUUCAAAAAUUAAACAAAUAUCAUCUACAGCAGAUAAAUGUAAUCCAGUUUGUAAUCCUGCCUUCAAAGAUAUUAAAAAUUCACGUUACAUCUGUUCAAAAUGUUAUAAAUUGGAAGGCAGUCAUUUUCAUGUAAAACCUGGUAAAGAAAAAAUAUCGGUGACCUGUUUUGAUCAAAAAUAUCAUGAUCAAGAUGUUAAAAAAAUUAUAGAUAUAAUUGCAUGUUGGCUAUUUUAUAUUAAAAAUAAUAAAGAUGAGGAAUAUCAAAAUAAGGUUCUUGAAAUUUUUUUACCUCUUUAUUUUCAAUGUUUAAAUGAAAAUUAUUUAAACAAAAUAAAUACAAAUAACUCAAAUACAACACAACCGAUUGCCACAUUUCAUUAUUCCUUAAUACUAUCAAAACUCCCUACUUUUUUUAUAGUUCAUACAUUAACACGCUUGAAUCAGAUUCCAAUUUACCCUAAUAAAAAAGAAUUAGAAGAAGAAGAUUUUGAGAGACUUGGAGAAAUAGCUGGAAAUAAAUUAUGGCAAUAG